AUGGCGGCAGAAUCACCUAGAAAAACAUCGAAGUACAACUGCACAGUCGUUCGACCACAAGCUUAUAGUGAUAAGUCUGUAGUAGAGAGUGUGGUAGAAUUUAUAUCAGAUGUUGUUCCACAAGCUUAUAGUGGAAAUCAAAGAACUGAUGAUAAAGAGAAGAUAGUGUGGGUGAAAUUUGAAAGAUGUGAUAUAAAUGAUUUUACAUGCAAUCCUAAUUUAAGUGGUUCCAGUGAACAUAAAAUAUUACCACUGUUACUAGUAUUAGGCUAUAAUAAUGGUGUUCAGAUUUGGAAUAUAGCUAGUAAUGGAGAUGCUCAAGAGAUAUUAUCAUUAAGACAGGGUCCAGUUAGAAUUUUAAAAGUUUUACCCACCCCUGAUAAUGGAAUUUGUGAUAAUGAUAGUUUUGCUAAGAAAAGACCACUUGUUGCUGUUUGUGAUUCAUCAAGUGCUGGUCAGCCAUUCUGUUCUGUAAAGUUUGUAUCAUUAAGAAGUGGAGAUGAAGUCUACAGUGUGCCAUUUAAAACAAUACCAGUUCAUAAUAUAGAGGCCAAUAAAAGAUAUGUAGCUGUAGUGUUUCAAGAGAAGAUAGCUGUCUUUGAUGCCUGGAAUUUACAGGAAUUGUUCCGAAUAUCAGGAUGCUAUCCUAGUUCCUCGUUUAAAAUGAACCCUAUAGCUCUAGGUACUAGAUGGUUAGCCUAUGCUGACAGAAGAUUGGUGCCAUACCAUCAGUCUUGUGGUGGAAUGUCAGGAGAUGGUUCUCAGUCUUAUGCUGCAACUGUUAUCAGUGCUGCCAAGGUGACUAUUAAAGGGUUAACUAUGUUUGGUGAAGCUAUGGUUAGUAGUGUCACUGGUAAUAAACCAUCAAUAACUACUAGAAGACAAGAUAUGACUCCACCAGUUGAUAAUAGUAAUCAUCCUGGUAUAGUUUCAGUUAUUGAUAUACCUAAUAUUAAAACUAAACAGUUCAGUGUACAUGAAGAUCAAGAUUGUGAUGGACUGAUAGCUCAUUUUCAUGCUCAUACUAAUGAACCAGUAGCAGCAAUGUCAUUUGAUUCUAGUGGUACACUCUUAUUAACAGCUUGUAAACUUGGUCACAACUUCCAUCUAUUUAGACUGAUGGCUCAUCCCUGUAGUUCAUCUUUAGGAGCAGUACAUCAUCUUUAUACUCUUCAUAGAGGUGAAACUACAGCUAAGGUCAUUGAUAUAUCAUUUACUACAGAUAGUCGGUGGGUAGCUGUUAGUACUCAUCGUGGUACAACCCAUGUAUUCCCUAUUACUCCUUAUGGUGGACAAGUCAGUGUAAGAACUCACUGCCAUGCUAGAGUUGUAAAUCGUGUCAGUAGGUUUCAGAAGAGUGCAGGAAUAAGUGAUAUUGAGAGUUCUUCAGCUGGUAGAAAUAGUCCUGUAUUGUCUGGUAGUCCAUCAUCAUCUGGUCAUGAACAUUAUCCUAGUCUAAUCAGACAAAAUGCUUUAAAUAACAACAUGGGUAACCCAAGACUACCACCAUACCCACAUCCAAACAAUGUAUACCCCUUAGCUCAACUACGCCAACACCUAGCUCUACCAGCCCUGACAACUGGUAGCAGACAACAAAGUCCAUCACAUUCAGCAGGAGCCACUGAAAAUAUCUUCAAUGUAUCUGCAUUCUUUGCACCAGCCAGAUUGUUUGUGGCCUCUGCUACAGCUGCAGCUGAAAGAAGAGAACACAGUGGAAAGAAAGUAGUGGAUUCUUUGUUUGUAAUUGGGCAGAAUGGUACUUUGAUAGAGUAUAAUCUAGAACCUCAUCCAAAGAUAACAACAGAUAAGCCAACUGAUGACACGCCUCUAGACCUUACUUGUACUGGUGUGAUUCAAUGGCAGUUACAAAGAUCCAAGACAUCAGCUGAAAUGAAGCCACCUUUACCAAGUAAUAGUCCUUUACUAUUGGCAACAGAUGCUGUCAUUACUCAACAGCCUACAAUAUCUACAGUACCAGUAUCAAGACAUGGUUCUAAAGAUAGCUUAUCAUCAGAUCAUAGUAAUACUAGUAAAGAAGAUUUAGAUACACAAUGGUCAUCACAAGUAGAAAUCAUAACUCAUGUAGGACCACACAGAAGAUUAUGGAUGGGACCACAAUUUUCAUUUAAAACUUACCAAGACCCCCAGAACACAACUAUAUUGUCAUCAACUUCUUCGUCAUUAUUUUCUGGAAGUCCUGAUCAACAUUCUUUACCAAUGGAUAUGUUACCUGAUGAUUGUGAUCUCGAAUGUUUAAAGCUACAGCCCAAUCGAUCUAGUCCUGUUGCCAUGCCAACAGCAAGACCAGCUUACAGACGUUCCUCAGCAAGUGAUUAUAUACACUUUGACCAGUCUCCUAACCUAAAUGAUGUAUUAUGCCCAUGGGCUGAGUCUAGUAUGUCCAGACAGCCAAGAAGUAGUGAAGAAGAAGAAGAAAGACUAAGAGAGACCUUAGCUGAUGCUAUGGUAGAAUCACCCAUGAAAGAUUGUGGACCAUCAAACAUCACCAUGAGAGAAGGUAGGUUUUAA